AUGGCCACCAAAGAGUGCCCUUCGCGCCCUCUGACUGGUUUUUCGGAGGAGAAUCUGGUGUUUUCUCAGUCGGCAGCUCAGGCGAAGAAGGAGGACCACGACGACAACCGUGCUGCGAGUUCGGCGGCGAGUUCGGCACUUCCGCCUCCGCCAAAAGCCGAAGAGGACGAUGCGCCGCCUCCUCCAGAGCCUUCGUCAUCUUCGUCAGCGAGACGGGAAGAUGAUCAAGAUGCCGCUCAUGCCGAUUCAGAGCGAGACGACGGGCAUCUGCUGCCUCCUCCUUCCAGGGUAAAAUCCCUGCGGCAAACUCAAUGGGAGGAGUCCGGGCGAAAGCGCCCACGGGGCGGCAAGAAAAACCAGGAGAAGAUCGCGAGCAUGCCCAAGGCCGCAAAUGUAGAAGAACAUCGGCAAAGAGUGUCAGCAUGGGCUCGAGAGUGGAACAACAUGACCAAAGAGGACAAAGAGAAAUAUGUAUCCCAAUCUAAGAAAGAAAAGAGCGCCCGGGAUGAGGUUCUGGAAGAAGUGGCCUUCGAGAAGAAAUGGGAAAAGCCGCAAGAGUCGGAGAGCCAGGGCUCAGCUCAAGCGGGAGCAGCUGUGCCAGUCAAAAUGGGAGACUGGCUGUUGCAGGAAAGGCUUGGUCAGGGCACCUAUGGAGAGACAUUUGUGGCCGUCAAUAUCAAGCUUGGACUCAAAGGUGCUUUGAAGAUGUUCACAGGUAACAACGAGAGCAAAAACGAGGAGUUUGAGGUCUACCAAUGCCUUCAAAAAGCGGCUACUAAGCCGGUUCAGGCAUCAUGCUUCCUCCCUAUCCUUGACUUCUCCCGGGCUGACACCUGCAGCUGGAUGGUGGUGCCGUGGAUUCCUUCUGGAUGCCUACGGCAAUGUCUGAGCAAGACUGGCCCGCUGAAAUCUGCUGCGUUGCGGGCCAUGCUGCUUCAGGGGGCCAGUGCACUCGAUUACUUGCACAGUCUGAAUUGGCUGCACUUGGAUGUGAAGCCGGCCAACAUGCUAUGGGAUCCGCUCGCCUCCAAACUUUAUCUCAUAGACUUCAGCCUCGUGGAAAGCCUGCCGCUCAAGGGCGACAUAUUCGGCAACAAUGUUUGUACGCAGCCAUACAGGCCACCGGAGGCAUGGAAGCUCCCGUGCAACGUGGGCAAAUUUACAGAUGCAUUCUCCUUGGGUGUUUCCGGCUUUGAAGCAGCCACGGCCCGACUGCUGUUCCCAGACCCGAACAAGAUCGCCAGAUGGAAGGUUAACCGGCAAAACGCUGCCGGCACUUUGCUUUGGAGCGGCAUGCCCUCCGAUGUGCGCCUCGUUCUUUGGCAUCUGACGGAUGCCGAUUACCAGCAUCGCAUGGCUUUGGGGCGUGUCGCUGAGCGGCUGAAACAGCCAGCAGGAGUAGAUGAUUGA